AUGACUAUCAUUCCUGGAACCUCAUUCUCUAAUGAAGAGGUCCGGUCUGUUAUCGACAGCGUCCUUGAGGACGUCUCAAAGCGACUCCAUGCGCUAAACCACUACAUAUGGUCAAAUCCAGAACUGGCUUACGAAGAGCACAAGGCACAUGAUGCGAUCUGUGACUUCCUUGAAAGCCAGGGAUUCACAGUCACCCGAAACGCCUAUGGACUCGAUACGUCCUUCGAAUGCAUCAGUGGUACUGAAGGACGACUUAUCAACCUAAACGCUGAGUACGAUGCGUUGCCUGAUAUCGGUCAUGCCUGUGGCCAUAACCUUAUCGCCACUAGUAGCAUCGCAGCCUUCUUGGCGUUAAGCCAGCUUCGGAAAAAAUAUGGUAUCAAAGGCAGAAUCCAACUUCUCGGUACUCCAGCGGAGGAAAAUGGUGGAGGCAAGGCGAAACUGAUUGAUGCUGGCGCUUUUAAGGGGGUGGAUAUCUCUCUGAUGGCUCACGGUGGACCAGAGAAUUUAGGUGGCCCCACUGGCGAUGGAGUUGCUGGUGUCUUGAUGAACGCUCGGAAAGAGCUUCAUGUGGAAUAUUUCGGCAAGAACGCUCACGCCGGAGGCAAUCCAUGGGACGGUGUGAAUGCACUGGAUGCCCUGGUUCAGGCAUACAAUGGGAUAUCGACCCUAAGACAGCAGAUUUUGCCGGAGGAGCGAAUCCAUGGCGCCUUCAUCGAUGUCCCAAAGGUUGCAAAUGUGAUCCCGGCUUACACCAAGUCUUACUGGCAGGUCCGGAGCCCCACAUUACAGGGACUCAAUAAACUCAUUGCGAAAGUCAGGCAAUGUAUUGAGGGGGCGGCUCUUAUCACUGGCUGUACAGCCAAAAUCGAAGAGGACGGCCUAUAUACCGAUAUCAUACUAAACGAAACUCUGUGUCAACGGUUUACAGGGCACAUGGCAGCUUACGGGAAAGAGUUCGUCCAGAAACUCGAACAGGUGCUGACCGGUUCCUCCGAUGUUGGUGACCAUGUCACUGAUAUCCUUCGAGGCAAUGUGAGCUACGUAGUCCCAACACUUCAUGCUAUGUUCGCAAUCUCAACAUCUAAUGGGAGCUUUCCACACCACCCGGACUUUACUGCUUGUGCUGGGACUGAUGAAGCACACGACGCAGCCGUGUUGACUGGGAAGGGGCUGGCCCUUCUGGGCUGGGAUAUGUUGACCGAUGAUGCUCUUUAUACGUCGGCCAGAGUGCAGUGGGAGGGCCAGAUCCCUAAAUCGGCUUGCACCCAUGUAUACUAGUACCGUGAGCGCUACCAUUUUGAUGCCUUGUGGUGGAUAAGGAUCUUGUUGAAAGGGUAGUUCACGAAGGUGAGACUUUGAAGACUUCGUUUCAAUAAUGUCGGAGCUACUUAGCUCCUAUGAUGAUCUCUGG